UGUAAAAAUGAUCGUAAUAUUAAAAAUCGUCGCCGGUCUGGCGGCCGUUUUGUUCUGCGUGAAACUGUAUGUCGUGCACACCACCAAAAGGUGCACCAACUGCGUGAGUUUGAUCGGUAAAACUGUCGUUGUCACCGGAGCUAAUACCGGUAUAGGAUUCCAAUCGGCAUUGGAGUUCGCUAAACGAGGAGCUCGGGUAAUCCUGGCUUGCAGAAACCAAGAGAAGGCCGACAUCGCUAGGGAAGAAAUCGUACAACGUACCCAGAACACAAACGUUGAGGUUAAAAUCGUCGAUUUUUCGUCGCUGGCGUCGGUCGAAAAGUGUGCCAAAGAUAUUUCGGACAGCGAAGCUCGGGUGGACAUUUUGGUGAACAACGCGGGGGUCGGGGGCACAAGAAACAAGUCGACUGACGAUGGACUUCAAAUCCUCAUGCAAAUUAAUUACUUCGGACCGUUUUUGUUCACCAUACUGUUGCUUGAUCGGUUAAAGCAAGCUCCAAACGCGAGGAUAAUAAACGUCUCGUCGAUUCUCGCCAAGGAGGGUAAAAUAGACGUUACCAAUUUGAAUUCCUACGCUGGCCAAAUCGCCACCUACAGCAACAGCAAAUUGUGCAACAUCUUUUUCACCACGGAACUGGCCAGACGACUGAAAGACACCAACGUAUCCGCAUUUUCUUUGCAUCCGGGCGCCAUCCGAACGGAGAUAUUUAGACGGGUCAAAGGUGUGAGGAAACUCAUAUUAGACGCCGUGUCAGCGCUUUACUUUAAGUCACCGGAAGAGGGCGCCCAAACGAUCAUCUACACGGCUACCGAACAAGGGUUGGAAAAGUAUUCCGGAAGACAUUUUGAGGAGUGUGCGGUGGUGCCGGGCUAUCCUUCCGCGUUGGACCACGAUUUGGCAACGUCGGUGUGGAAAAGGACGUGCGACAUUCUUGACGUCGACGGCGAUGUCACUGAUAAUCAAGAGAACGGUUUUGUGAAGGCGUGACGAGUAACACUGCGAAGUGUUUAACUACUUGUUGAUUGCCAGAGAUUUGAAACCAAAGUUAGCGAUUGCGGUUGUCGUCAUAAAAAUUUUUAAAACGUAGCAAUGGAAAACUAAAACUAAGCAGAAUAAUAACAUUCAU